ACUACAUUGCCUUGACACGACGUAAAAUAACUUCUGUCACUGGUGAAAGGCAAUUUCCCUACGUUCCUCGAGCGAGAGAAUACUUCCGGUAUGACGUCACUUUGUUGCCAGUUGGAUCAGUUGUAACAAAUCUCAGUCUGGAGAGAGAUUGCAGGUUCGAUCCGAGAGAUAAUGAUUGGUUUCAACGAUCUGUGUUUCGGGCUCCUGGUGUGUUGUGCUUCAAUAGACUCAUCCAAUUCGACGACGACGGUAAUCGAUUCGUCAACGAGCUUGACAGGUAAUUCGGAAACCGAUUCCUUAUCGGACUGGACAGCGACGCCGGUUACCGAUUCCUCAAAUAUUCCGGUGGAGACUUCGGUUACCGAUUCUUUAUCUGAUUGGACAACGACGCCGGUUAUCGAUUCCUCAAAUAUUCCGGUGGAUACUUCGGUUACCGAUUCUUUAUCUGAUUGGACAACGACGCCGGUUAUCGAUUCCUCAAAUAUUCCGGUGGAGACUUCAGUAACCGAUUCUAUAUCUGACUCUACAACGACGCCGGUUAUCGACUCUUCAACUAUUCCGGUGGAGACUUCGGUAACCGAUUCUUUAUCUGACUGGACAACGACGCCGGUUAUCGAUUCCUCAACUAGGCCGACAGCAACAUUGGUAACCGAUUCCCCGUCGUCAGUAAUCGAUUCAUCCUACAGUCCGACGCCAUCAUCGGUAACCGAUUCCUCAACUACUAUAACGGAAACAGCGACAACUCAGCCACCGUCAACAACCCAGCCACCGUCCGACUCAUCCACCUCCCAACCGAAUCUGGACGAGGCAUUGUUUAAAUUAGAUUUGAAAAUAGAAGUGAACGAGAAUUUUAUCCCAGACCUGACGAACAACACAUCGCCAGAGUAUGACAAGUGGAAACAGGAGCUUAUAACUCAGUUGACACCGGUGUACACCAACAUCCCUGGGUUCUUGUACGUGGAAAUCACUGGCUUCUCAAAUGGUUCAGUUAUUGGCGAGUACCAAGUCAACAUACGGGCAAAUGUACCGGCCGAUGACGUGCAGGAUGCUUUCAAUGGAACCUUCUUAACCGAGAUGAACAACUUAACUAUUUUUAACUUUCCCGUGGAACCAUUUACCGAUUCUAACGAUCUCUCACAAAUUUCAGAAACUAUUCGAGAUAAAUGCCAAGCGGUGGGAAUAUGCCUCAAAGGUUUCACCUGCUCUGGAGGUACAAGUCAACAGGUCACGUGCCGGUCAACGUGCACAGAGGUUGACUGUCUAAAUGGACAGUGCCAUAUAACUUCGGAAGGAGACCGUGUAUGCACGUGUGAUAUAUCGGAGGAUUUCAUAUACAGCGGUGAUAAAUGCGAUAUUAAGACGGAAAAACUGUCCAUGGAGAUAGGCGCCAUCGCUGGCAUGGCAGGGGGACUUGGAGGGGGAAUAAUCCUGCUGCUUGUCAUUGCCCUGGUGUUGACGUGUUGUUCCAGAAGAAAGAACAAGAACUCGAAAAAAUACCGAAGUGAGGAUGAGACCCAGCUGACUGAGUUUGAGGAGGAUGUGUGGGCCACGGGGAAGCUGAACCCUGCCGCCGACACGAGAGAGGAAUACGGCUACAAGGACGCAGGUGGUGAGGGCCGGAGCUAUCAGUCCUGGCUGAUGCAGCAAGAACAACAAGAACAUGGUUCCACGGGACAAAGCAGAGCAGACGACUUCCGUCAGGCCACUAAUGGCGGGUACCGUGGCAGUGGUAACAAUGGCAAUGAGAGACUUGAGUGGGACCAGAUGGAGCCUGCCGCCAUAUUUGGUCAAGCCCUGAAGCGGGGAUCUUCUGACCAGGCGAUUGGUCACUACAUGACCCCCGAUGACUUAGCUCCAGAUUACGACAGUGAUGACGGACAGUUUGAUGAGGAGGACACACAUAAUACUAGUCGGGAUGUGGAGAGCGAUCGCCCUGUGACCCGUUUACCCCCUGGUCAGUCCAAGCCACGCCCAUUCAAGGACAACUACAGACAGGAAGGUCUACACGCGGGCAAUCAACCAAUGAAAUCUCAGCAACGCCCGUUCAAGGACGACAACAGACCGGGAGGUCAACCGGGGAGUCAACCAAUGAAAUCCCAGCAACGCACGUUCAAGGACGAGUACAGACAGGAAGGCCACGAGGAUAAACAGCAAAUGCAACCCCAAAAACGUUUGCUGAGCACGGAUUACAAACAAGGACAGCCUGUAUACAAUCACAUUGAAACGGAUGAGACGUACGCGAUCAGAAGACCAACAUUCCACAAACCCUAAAAUACAUCCACGAACACACAGUUCCCGAGGACCCUUUCACGGUACAGACAUCUGGUUUCCACUGUUCCCCGCACAAUGGCAUACCAACAUAAGUAUAGAGGGAAACGCCCUGGAUUGCCACAUCCCUGGCAGUUUGUGACGGGAUUGUUAGACGACUGCUGCUCAGUAUUUGUUGUCCAUGUACACAAGUGCAGCAUUUUCAUAACUGACGAGCUCAAAACCUCCAUUGAAAGUAUUAUAAAACAAGGAAAAAUCAUGCAUAACUCUUAAUCGCGAUCACGGUAAAACUGCAUCACAUUUUGUCAAAAUUCCGAUUAACGUAUCUAUUUGUCAGUAAAAGUGUAAGAAAACUGCAUCACAUUGUUGAAAUUCCGAAUAUCAUAUUUAAUACGCCAGUCCAUUGUAAUAAAACUGCAUCACAUAUAGUUCGCAUAUCUACAUAAUGUAAUAUACUGAACCGCAAAGAAACGUCACCCAAAGUAACAUUGCAUGAAAAGUUGUCAUUUAAAUAUCUGGGUAAUUUAUG